UAUAAAGUUCAAACAAACAAACAAACAAACAAACAAUGGAUAGCAGCAAGUUAUUAAAGAAUGUCUAUGGCAUCGAUAUACACUUUGAAGAUCUCGUCUAUCAGGUUAAUGCACCGAAACAAAAAGAAAAGAAAGCGGUUUUAAAGGGCAUAACAGGCACCUUCAAAUCGGGUGAACUGACUGCCAUAAUGGGCCCCUCAGGGGCUGGUAAAUCUAGUCUAAUGAACAUCCUAACGGGCCUAACCAAAUCCGGAGUCAGUGGGCAAAUAGAAAUUGGAAAAGCUCGCAAACUAUGCGGCUAUAUAAUGCAGGACGAUCAUUUCUUUCCCUUCUUCACGGUGGAUGAGACAAUGUUGAUGGCCGCAGCACUUAAAAUUGCCAACAAAUGUGUUAGCAUGAAGGACAAGCGAUCUUUGGUUGACUAUCUGCUUAAUUCAUUGAAGCUGUCAAAGGCGAGGCACACAAGGUGCUCCAAUCUGAGUGGUGGACAAAAGAAACGUCUAUCAAUUGCCCUGGAACUUAUUGACAAUCCUGCCGUUUUAUUUUUAGACGAGCCCACAACAGGCCUGGACAGCUCAUCAUCUUUUGAUACCAUACAAUUACUAAGGGGCUUGGCCAACGAAGGGCGAACGAUUGUGUGCACCAUUCACCAGCCAUCAACGAACAUUUACAAUCUCUUCAAUCUGAUCUAUGUGCUGAGUUCGGGUCAAUGCACUUAUCAGGGUUCGCCACAGAACACGGUGAGGUUCCUCAGUACCAUUGAAUUGGAGUGUCCUGCCUACCAUAAUCCCGCCGAUUUUUUGCUGGAGUGCGUCAAUGGCGACUAUGGCAAUCAUACGGAAGCCUUAACGAAUGCUGCCAAAGAUGAUCGUUGGCGUUAUGAUCAACAACUGAUGCCAUCCGAUGAGGAAUCACAGGUGCCAGCUACCCCACCCACUGAAACACAAUUGGCCAAAUUCAAUGAGUCGCAGGCUCAGGCACAGUCGCAAAAGAAACCUUUCACAAAACUGGACUCAUCCAAGGAUUUAGCGAGGCAUACAUAUCCGCCAGCGGAAUGGAUGCGUCUGUGGCUACUUAUUGGACGUUGCCAUUUGCAAUUCUUUAGAGAUUGGACUCUCACAUAUCUAAAAUUAGGAAUUCAUAUUAUUUGUGCUAUUUUAAUUGGUCUAUUCUUUGGCGAUUCCGGCAGCAAUGCCACCAAACAAAUCUCGAAUGUUGGCAUGAUUAUGAUACACUGUGUCUAUCUCUGGUACACAACUAUAAUGCCUGGCAUAUUGAGAUUUCCUUCUGAAAUAGCGAUAAUUAAAAAGGAAACAUUCAACAAUUGGUACAAAUUAAGAACUUAUUAUCUGGCCACAAUUAUAACAUCGACACCAGUGCAUAUAAUAUUUUCCACUGUGUAUAUAACGAUAGGAUAUUUAAUGACUGAACAACCCGUUGAAAUGGAACGUUUUGUUAAAUAUCUUCUAUCUGCUGUGGUCGUUACCAUUUGCGCCGAUGGCCUGGGCAUAUUUCUGGGCACGAUUCUCAAUCCAGUGAAUGGUACUUUCGUGGGUGCAGUUUCUACAUGCUUUAUGCUAACAUUCUCUGGAUUCCUUAUUCUCCUUAAUCACAUUCCGGCGGCCUUACGGUUUAUGGCCUUUAUAUCGCCAUUGCGUUAUGCAUUGGAAAAUAUGGUCAUCUCUCUAUAUGGCAACCAGCGAGAUCAAUUGACCUGCCCGCCUACCGAAUUUUACUGUCAUUUUAAAAAUGCGGUGACAGUUUUGCGACAAUUUGGCAUGGAGAAUGGAGACUUCGGGUACAAUAUCAUGAUGAUCCUAGCCCAAAUUGCUCUAUUCAAAAUUCUCGCCUAUUUUACGUUAAAACGUAAAAUCAAAACAAAUUAAUUGGGUUGGCUAAUUCUGUAUAAGUAGUAUUGUAUUUUUGGGGCUUAAUGUUAAAUGUGAAUGUGAUUUUUAUGUUACUUAUAUCGCUUUAUAAGAAGAACAACUUAUUCGUGUGAUAAACAAAAAAAAAACAAAAACGAAAUGAUAAACUGCAACGAAUUGUAAACAUAGCGAAUAUAGUUUUAAUACCACUGUUUAUAUAUGUAUUCGGACUUACACUAGAUUUAGUAAGCAAAACUUAGUUAGUGUUUAGUUAACAUAGGUUUACCAAUUUAAUUAUGUGAAUAAAUAUAGAGAAAUCGUAUUUUAUUGAA